AUGGCGAUUGCGCGUCGGUUCCCCCCCCUGUCGCUGCUAUUGUUGCUGCUACCGCUGCUGCUUUUUUUCUUGUUCCAGCUCUCCCUUGCCUUUGUUCCCCCGAAAGUAAACUACAAGUCGCUGACCUCUGGCUCACGUAACUAUCAUAGCCACACACAGAGAAAAAAGGGAAUAAUACAAAGGAGUCCCCUGAUUAUCCGCGCGUCCCCCAAUUUUUUAAGCAGCAUAAUUACCCCCCUGUCGAAUGAAAACGUUAAAAAGUACUUCGUCUUCCGAUACCUAUCUCGCAUAUGCGUAUCGUUAAGUAGCGCCUUCUCCCUAAACGCAAAAAUACACAUGUAUAGGCAGAACAGUGACAACUUGCUGCAGACUCAAGUGGUAAUAUACAAUGAGAUUCUCGUCAAGGUUCUGAGAGUUUGCUGGCUCUACAAGCUAAGAUCUUUUGUUGAUAGCAAUAUAAAAUUGUGUAGAAUUCUGUCCACUGUCUUUUAUGUUAUUGGCAUUUAUUUGGACUUAUUGUCUACUCUAGACUUUUUUAAGAAUUCCUUUUUUUUCCUUUCCACGUUUUAUGUCCUUUCGUCUACCCUUAAAAGUUUAAGCAUCAUGACUUAUUCAUCCAUCCGGUCUGCCACUUACCUUCGUCUGUGUGAAAUGUUGAACAAUCCAAACGAGAGUGUCCCCUCGGUACGUGAUAAUAUCAAUCGAGAGAGCAGGGUGGAACCCACAAAUGAUCACUUAGUUACGGAGGAGGGGAGUCAGAUUCGUACAGACGGAGUAAAGUCCAAGGGGGACAACGAGGCAAAUCCCUUGGGAGAAGAUACACACGUGCCUCUUCUCGCCGCAGAGCAGGGAGACAUCCCUCGGGUGAGUUCUUCAAAUGGGACCCCCAACAGUGAACGCGGCAACUACUGCAGCAGUUGCGCUACUAACUCCGUCAACAGUGUGAAGAAGACGUAUUUCAUUGGCGAGGUGAGCGUCCUCAUGGAUUUGCUGGCUUCCCUCGUGGACCUCCUCACCGUUGUGCUUCUCGCACGGACGACCAAGUACAUAAAGAAGAAAAUUUCUUUUUACUUCCUCCUGUCCUCUCUGCAUUUGUUUUUCUGCUACAAGGAGUUGCAGUGCUUGUUGAAGUAG